CUAUUCUAUGAUACUAUCGAUAGUAUCGAUGUUUGUUCUGGAGGUCCCAACCACUAGCCAGACAGCGAAACGAAAGGCCAAAAACGAGAAAAAUGCGAAAUAUUUGUUAAAAAAGUAAACUGAAGAGGCAAAUUGCAGCGCAAAGUAAUUGUACAAGUGCACCGUCGUUGUUCCAGUUUCCAAUGGUAUUGUUAAGGUCAACGGCAAGCCCCGUAGUUAGCCGUUAGAAAGAUGUGCGCAGCGAUUCACUGCUGGUUGACAUAAGCAAAGCAGGCUGCAAAACAGAUCCAGCAACAAUAGCUAACGGCGCACUCCAUACAAAGAUUUGCAGCAGAUAUAGCAGCCACUGGAGGCUCAAUAUUGAAAAGGAACAGCAGCAGCAGCAAAGUACGCUAGCAGCAGCAGGUGAUGGCCGCCUCUUCGCCAGAUGCAGUGCAAGCGACCAAUGUUGACUUCAGCGAAAUUAAGCUGGGCGAGAAAGUCGGCCAUGGAUCGUACGGUGUUGUGUGUAAGGCUAUCUGGCAGAAUCAGUUGGUUGCCGUCAAGGAGUUCUUUGCUAGCGCCGAGCAGAAGGACAUUGAAAAGGAGGUCAAGCAGCUGUCGCGUGUUAAGCAUCCCAACAUCAUUGCUCUGUAUGGCAUCUGCUUGGCCCAGCAGGCGACAUAUCUGAUUAUGGAAUAUGCCGAGGGCGGAUCCUUGCACAAUUUCUUGCAUGGCAAAGUGAAACCCGCUUACAGCUUGGCCCAUGCCAUGAGCUGGGCACGCCAAUGUGCAGAGGGUGUCGCAUACCUGCAUAGAAUGACGCCCAAGCCACUCAUACAUCGUGAUCUGAAGCCGCUCAACUUGCUACUGACCAAUAAAGGGCGCAAUUUGAAGAUAUGCGACUUUGGCACUGUCGCCGACAAGUCCACCAUGAUGACAAACAACCGCGGCAGCGCUGCCUGGAUGGCGCCAGAGGUAUUUGAGGGCUCCAAAUAUACAGAGAAAUGCGACAUCUUUAGCUGGGCAAUUGUGCUGUGGGAGAUGUUGUCACGGCAGCAGCCCUUCAAGGAUAUUGACAACGCCUACACCAUACAGUGGAAGAUAUACAAGGGCGAGCGACCACCACUGCUUGACAAUUGUCCCAAGAACAUUGAGCAACUCAUGACAGCUUGCUGGAAAACAACGCCCGAGGAUCGGCCAUCGAUGAACUAUAUUGUGGGCGUAAUGAAUGAGAUUAUCAAAGACUAUGAUGGCGCCGAUAAGCCGCUAGAGUAUGCGUUUGUCAACCAGCAGAUUGUGACCAAAGAGAGUGACGGAACGGUGGCCGCUCAAUAUGAUGGCCAAAGUUAUAGCUCCAGUGAUAGGAGCCUGACGUCCACACAGCUAACGCCCACCAAUGUGCGUGGAACUGCGACUGAGAUCGAAACUGGCUUGGGCACUGGCUCCAGCAACAACGAAUAUACCUCAUCAGAAAUAACGCCCACCAAUUCGGGCCAACUUGACAAUAAUGGGCUGUUCCAUAUGAGCAGCAGCAAUCGCUGGGAUGCCAUACCCGAAGAGGACAGCAGCGAGAGCCAAAAUGAUAGCUUCAAUCUAACAUCAUCGGCCGAAGCAUCGAAGCGCUUGGAAACUAUACGCAAUGGCAUGAUACAAAUGGCCAGCAGGCCAAUGGAACAACUUACUCUGGACGUUGAAGCGAAUGGUUUUGAAUUGCAUCGCAGCGAGAGCAGCCGUAGCAGUUUGCAUGCUAAAAGUGAUGGCCGGGAACGGCUGACAGUGACAGACACAAAGCCAGUUAUCAUGACCAGCAGCAACAACCCCACAGACCUCACAAACAAUAACAAUAAUAAUAAUAGCCACAACAAUAGCUCUAAUAACAACGAAACCUAUUUAUCAAAUGGACUGCUUAGCCACGCUGCCAGUGCCGGUAAUCCGAAUGAUAGUGUCGAUGCGAAUGUCGAUGCGAGCGCGGAUGCGGAUGCGGAUGCCGGCUGUGGCUGCACGGAGCAGUCGCUAGCGGAGAUCUUGGAUCCAGAACUGCAGCCAGAGCCACCCAUACCGAACAAUGCCGAAUCGCAGGCAAUCUAUCGCGACCAUCGGCACAUGGCCAAAGAGUAUCUGAGCGUCGACACGAACCUUUACUACGCGCAGGACUUCAAGGACAAGCUGAUCCUGCAAAUGGAUCGCAUCGAGCGCGAACAGAAACAGGAGAUAUUACGCAAAAUCAAAGACAAGGAGGGCCUCCAAAGCCUUUACAAUAAUCUGCAGCAGCAGUGGGAGAAGCUGCCUGGCAACCGACUAGCACCCAACCAUCCGCGCCAGCAGCCGCCGGUGGUCAGCAGCAGCCAAGAGCUGUCCGGUGGCAUCGUCAGCGGCGAUACCGUAGAGAACGAUGGUUGGGUCGUUAUAGCCCCGCAUCACAAUACAUAGCUUUCAUUGUGGACUCCACUUUACCAAAUAGCUGUGUAUUUCCUUAUGUAUUUGUUUAAAUUUAAAGCAUAUUUUAAACUCUAGUUGUAACACGUGACUGUAAUCGUAACUGUGCUUAA